UAGUAGGUAUUUAAUGUACUACUAAUAGUAGCGCCUGUAUCUUUCUCCCAUCACUGGCAUUAUACAACAUGGCUGAUGUGCAGAGACAUUAUUAGAGUUCUGGGGAAGGAUAAGAUGGAAAGGGCGUUACUUUGAUUUUUUUUAGUCUGGUAGGUAAAUGAGUACAUAAUGAGUACUUAGUAGUGAGCACAGAGGCCAACAGAAAAAAAGGCAAGAAUGAGAAGAAUGUGCUUUCGACCUGCACUUUCACACAGACACACACUACACACACUACGCACACUACGCACUCGCACCCGAACACACACAAGAUCGGGUUCCCAACUUCAACCCUAAGAGUCGGGGCUUCUUUUCUUGGUAGAACUCUUCUCUCUUCAUCAUCAUCUUGGGUUGUUUAAUCAUUCAAUUUUACAUACCCACAAGAAUCGCAUCGCAUCUCAUUGCACCACAUCAUCACCCUUACCUUCACCAUGUCGACCCCGAUGCGCCAUGGCCCCUCUCAACAGGGCCGCACGCCUUCUCAACACCCUGCCGCGGCUCCUACGCCUCAGGCCUCGACGCCAUUCUCUAACCCCCAAACCGCCGCCGCCUUCUCUCCCCACGGCCCAAGAUCCUCGCCACAGCAAUUUAAGAAAUCUCCGGCGACGGGCACCAUGGUGGCCAGCACUAACAGCGCUACCGUUAACUUUGAUAGCCCCUCUGCUGCCGCCGUCUACAACAGUCUAGGUAUGUCGAUUAAUGAUCUCAACCUAGAUAACAUCAGCGUUGGAGGACUGGUCGCUGCAGCAGGACGGUCGGACGAGGAGGAUCGGAAGAAGAGAAUCGAGGCUGUUAUUAAUGCUCUAUGGGCUCAAAACAGCGGUAGAGUCAGCAACCAGGGACUCGAGAGAUUGGCUAUUCACCUUGGCCUCGAGUGUCUAUGGGAAGACGUGAAGGGUGCCGGCGAAGAUGCCAAGACUCUGAUCAUAGCAGGGCAGACAAUGGCUGUCGAAGUUGGCAUCACCAAUCACGUUGUGCACCAGGCUUUGUUAACGUUUAAUGAACCCACACCGAGCCUCGAAAAGCACGUCGACCGCGCCUCAGCUAUUCUCCUCAAAGACCUAGCUCUGGAGCCCGACCAGAGUCCCUUGACCAAGAAGCUAACCGCUUUCCGUGCCAAUCUUGAGCGUUUGGCUGCACUAGACAAACUCAGUGUACUUCCCAACCUUCAUUGCUACGAGGCCAUCGCUGGCAUCUGGGAAAGCCUGGAAAGACUACAUAGAUGGGAUGUGCAAAAACUUCUUGAGGAACCGGCCCUAGUCAACCUGUCUGAGGAGAGGCGGCGAGUCUAUGCCCUCUGCCUUCGCCACGGGUGUCCUCUCAUGCACACUCGAGGCCGCAUCGGCUUGAGUUUUGACUAUUGGAAGGAGACGAGGAAGUUGGCUACCACCACGGUAGACACCGAAGAGGCCACCACAUGGGCUAUUCUCAUCGAAUGCGCCCCCUCGAACGGCAUGGUAUACACUCCUGUACGUGUCUCUGAUAAGUGGAUUGGACCUUACAUCGAGAAGGCCAACCUUACGGACGAGGAGAUGGUCACAGCUACGGGGCCUGUCUUGGACUGGCUGGAGCCCCCCAACACUUUCUUGCCUCCAUCGGAGGAUAUGAAAACAGAGGGGUUAGACGGCGUCGUAGGCGUGUCUGGUCACAAGUCGCCGGAGGUUGUAUUCAUGGCAACUUUUGACCCUCCAGUCAUCGUUCCUCAUGUCGUCGCGCAGGAGAUAUAUAAGAUUACGGCCACGAAUGCGCCACUCUCCAACAUCACGUUCGACGCACUGAUGUUCCCCAUCACCGACGGAAAUGCCUACGACCCCAGCGAACCUCGUGAAAUUGUAUAUACCCAAACGGUCCCCACCUUCAUAGACGUCCUCCACGGCAAGACCCAGGAGGAGCCUGUCUUGAAGGCGCACCGGAACACACUAUUCAUAUACAAGCCAGUCUACGGCCAAGUCCUAACCCACGUGCCCUUCGCUCACCCGAAAGAUCUCGUCGCGAUGCUGCCCUUGCUGCGCCAGUACGCGUUCCUCUCUCUCUUGCUCACGAACAGCCUCAAAGUCCGCGAGGGCAAGCCGACCGUCAAGGACGCCGACACCGACAACGACAGCCGCGUGCCGCGGACCACCCGCGACGAGUUCGACGACUUCAUGACCUCAUCCUCUCGCCCCCCGCCAACCCCCAACGUCCUCAAAGUCGACAUCACCCUAACCGCACACCCCGUCCCCCGCCUCUCCCUUGUGUUCCCCUUCCGCGACGCCACCGCCAACAUCAUGCUUGAGAUCCAGCCCGGCGGAAGAGUGCACAUCGUUUCGGAUAAUAUUUUUGCGCAGUUUGAUAAGGCGAACGUGAGCUUUGAGAACAGAAAGAGGGAGCCGAGGGACUGGGCGAAUGCGCUCGAGACGAUGGAGGAUAUUGGGGCGUGGAUUGAGAUUAUCAGGCAUAAGCUCGAUGGAUAGAUAGGUAUCUGCGUGGUGGAUGGCUGGGUGGGAAAGGGGGGUGCUGCGUAUACCUAACUGCCUACUUAUGUCUAUUUACUUAGUACAAGGCAAGUACCUAUUACCUAAGGUUACUUAUAUCGAUAGGUAUGAUUCGGUACCGGAAUGGUAUAGGAGGGUAUGGGAUCAAACGAGAUGAAUAUACUAGGCGAAGUGACGCAAGGCUAUAAGCAAUAACAACAAAACAUAACAAAACCAAAAAAAACAAGGGAUCGGUUGCUGGAUAUGAUUCAUGAUACUCCCCCCCUAAACACUAAACUAAAUUUCCAUCCCCAUCCCCAUCCCCAUCCUCUUCUCUUCUGUUUCGUCCAGGCUUGCUUGGUAAGGAUCCUACUAGGAAUUCUACGCCUGUUAGGUAUUCUAGGUAAUUCACCUGGUAGGUACUAGGUAGGUAGCUAGGUAGCCUAAUAGUUGGCCUACCUACUGUAGGUACCACAUACAUACAUACAUA